GGAGCAAGCCCCUCUUGCACCAGAGCUGUACAGGUGUGGGGGGGGGGACCUCAGACAAGACUCCCCUCUGUCUCUCCAGGACCUGUAGCUUGCAAACAAAUGUGCAUAAUAAUCACAGGGGAGCUUGUUUAAAAAAAUCAGGUACCCAGGUCCGGCCCAUCGAAGUCCCGACUUAGCCAGGUUCCGGAGGGACCCACGAUUCUGCAUUUCCUGGGUAGGACCCAGGUGAUUCCAUCUUUGGUCCACAGGGGACAGUUGAGGAAACCCAAGUCUGACCAUUGCUCUGGUUCUUUUCCCUUCAUUGCUGUGAACGAGAACACAGAGUCAUUUGGUCUGAGUCAGGGACAAUUGGCCUCUUCCUUGUCAUCCCCUCCUUCCUGAAUUACCGUCUUCCUCGGACUAGCCCUCCACGUGUUGCAACAUCCACGACAGUGUCCACACUGCACGCCGAGUUGUUAUGUGCCAGGCACAGGGCCAACCCCUUCAUGCUAUUCCCUCACUCAACCCUCACAACCACCCCAUAAGUUAGGUGCAAUUAUUAUCCACCUUUUACAAGUGAGGGGAAAGCCCUCGCUGCUAGGAAGUGGCCGAUCUGGGGUAUGAACUCUGGACAAGCAGAUUACCAGAGCACCAUCAUGGAACCUCCUAUCAGCGGAGUUUUACCUGUUGGUCACUUCAGCCUUCCCUUCUCGCUCUUGGGUGCCUUUCUCUGGUUCACGUUCCUCUCUGGUCCGCUUCCAUUCCCAGGCCCUAACUUUCUCAGAAGAUGAUGUGGCCCUGUGCUCCCCUACUUUUUUCUCAUUCAAUCAAUCAGAAAGGGCUGAGGCAAUGGGCAGGUGGAAGGCAGGUGUUAGGAGCUGAACUACGUCCUCUCCUUAAAUUCACAUGUUGAAGUCCUAACCUGCAGAGUUAUCAGAAUGUGACCUUAUUUGGAGACGCCUUUACAGAGGAUAUCAAGUUUAAAUGAUGUCAUUAGGGUGGGCCCUAAUGCCAGCAUGACUGGCAUCCUUAUAAAAUGGGGAAAUUGGGACAGAAAGACAUACCUAGAGGGAAGAUGGCAUGAAGACACAGGGAAAAGAAGGCCAUCCACAAGUCGUGGAGAGAGGCCUGGAACAACGCUUCUCCUCCCAGCCCUCAGAAGGAACCAGCCCUGCUGAUACCCUGACCUUGGACUUCUGGCCUCCAGAACUCCUUGAAAGCACACCCUAAGCAGCAGCCGCUGAGCCAUGGCUGAAGGGGAAAUCACAACCUUCACGGCCCUGACGGAGAAGUUCAAUCUGCCUCCAGGGAAUUACAAGAAACCCAAACUCCUCUACUGUAGCAACGGGGGCCACUUCCUGAGGAUCCUUCCAGAUGGCACAGUGGAUGGGACGAGGGACAGGAGCGACCAGCACAUUCAGCUGCAGCUCAGUGCGGAAAGCGUGGGGGAGGUGUAUAUAAAGAGUACCGAGACUGGCCAGUACUUGGCCAUGGACACCGACGGGCUUUUGUACGGCUCACAGACACCAAAUGAGGAAUGCUUGUUCCUGGAAAGGCUGGAAGAAAACCAUUACAACACCUACACAUCCAAGAAGCACGCAGAAAAGAAUUGGUUUGUGGGUCUCAAGAAGAAUGGAAGCUGCAAACGCGGUCCCCGGACUCACUAUGGCCAGAAGGCAAUUUUGUUUCUCCCCCUGCCAGUCUCCUCUGAUUAAAGAAAUCUCUCCUGGGUGCCGACCACUCCAGAGGAGGUCCUCACCCAGCUGACCCAGGUUGUUCCCUUGACUAUUGGCUGCACUAACCCCUGGCCCACAGAGCCUGAAAUUGUAAGCAGUGCGCUUCCAAAUGCCCAGUUCACUUUUUUGCAGAGCCUUUUACCCCAGCACAGUUUGAACAGAGGGAUCAAAUAGCUCCUAGGGGCCAACCGGCUGGCCAGUCUGGGUGUGUGGAUGCCCAGUUGCCUCUGGGCACCUGCUGCAGGCUGAGCCUCUCAAUGCAAAGGCGGGGCCAAAUGAAGUGUGUUCAGGGAGCUGCCAGAGUCAUUAGUAACCGCAUACGAUUCCCUCUACUGAGAAAAUCCUGUCUGUGAUUCCCCGAAACACUUGGCAUGAUGCCCUUUCGUCCUUUCAACACCCCACAAAUAUUAGCAGGGAAGCUUAUGGCUAGGUUAGGGGAAGGCAGUGUUCCAUGAGUAGAAACUAGAAUGAAGAAAAUCUCCCCUCGAGAACAGAAGGGAUUAAAAUGGCAAGGGGAGACUGGGUUCUGGUGGGCUCUCAGUGUAGAAUAAAUGAAGGAUGGGAGCUUCAGCCCACAGGAAAGCAGAAUAAAUGCAUAGCAUUGGCAGUCAUUACAAUGCCGUGACUUUCCCAAGAUAAUUCGGCAGCAGCAAGCCUCUGGAUGAUGUCAGAUGGACAGCAUGAGAAGUGGGUUCUUGAUCAAAGCAAAAACAUCAGACAUUGGUAAAUUCAUUUGGGUCUGGGGUGUGGGAGUGCUGAGAAAGAAAGGCAACGUGGGCUGAGAGGAUGAUUUCCUCUAAAGAGGUUGAUUCCAGAAGUGAGAAGGAAAGAUGGAGGGACACCAUGACUGUGCCUGGUCCCCAGAAAGCAGAGGCUUUGGGGUCCCAGGCAAUGCUUACAAAUCACAUGCAGAUCGUGUUUGAGUGUAAGUUCUGAUUCAGUGGUUCUGGGGUGCAGUCUGUGCAUUUCUAACAAGCCCCCAGGUGCUGCAGAUGCUGCUGCUUCCUCUUGCACUCCCCCCCCGCCACCAUACUUAAAGUAGCAGAGUCCUGAAGCGUGCUGUCCAAAGGAAGGGGCCCAAGGCCCCC